GCGACUUGUUUACAAAAAAUCUAUAUAACCUGCAAAAUGAUGUGAUCUUCUGUUGAAAUACAACUUUAUAAUUACAACUAUGGACAACCUCGAUUCCGAAGAUGAGAAAGUAGAAGGCCCAAUUGAAAAUGCUUGGGCCAUGAAGAUUCCAAAGUUUACGGAGAAGGAUAACCCACAUGGUUUGCUAGAGGAAAGUAAAUUUGCAACGUUGUUUCCUAAAUACCGAGAGCAGUACUUGAAAGAGUGCUGGCCGCUUGUCCAAAAAGUAUUAAAGGAACACCAUUUAGUAGCAGAGUUGGACCUAAUAGAAGGAAGUUUGACUGUGAAAACGACUAGGAAAACCUGGGAUCCAUACAUUAUCAUAAAAGCGAGAGACCUUAUGAAACUCCUUUCACGUAGCGUACCGUUCGAGCAAGCAGUCAGAGUAUUAGACGAUGAAAUAGGAUGUGACAUAAUAAAAAUCAAUUCCUUUUGUAGAAAAAAGGAGACAUUUUUAAAGAGACGUCAAAGGUUAAUCGGCCCCAAUGGCGUUACCCUCAAGUCUAUUGAAUUAUUAACCGAAUGCUAUGUUCUAGUACAAGGGAACACUGUGGCUGCAGUGGGGCCAUACAAAGGACUCAUUCAGGUGAGAAGAAUAGUUGAAGACACAAUGAAAAAUAUACAUCCCAUGUAUAAUAUCAAAAGUCUUAUGAUAAAACGAGAAUUAAUGAAAGAUCCGAGGCUUAAAAACGAAAGUUGGGACAGAUUUCUACCAUCCUUUAAAAGUAAAAACGUUCCACGAAAACAACCUAAGAAUAAAGUCAAAAAGAAGCCGUACACACCUUUCCCGCCACCACAACCUGAAAGUAAAAUUGACAAGGAGUUGGCAACUGGUGAAUAUUUCCUUAAAGAUGAGCAAAAGAGAGCUAAGAGGAGGCACGAGAAAGAAGAGAAGCAGGUACAAGCUAAGAAGUCAAAGGAGGAGGAACGCAAGAAGGACUUUAUUCCACCCCAGGAAAAGGUACAUACUGAAAAACCGGCAGAAUCAUCAAUUGAUUUGAAGUCUUUCAAAGCAAAAGUUAAAAAGGCUUCUAAAUUUAACAAAAAAGGAUAGUUUAAUAAAUUAAUUAUUCACAAAAGACUUGAAUGUUUAACAAGCAUAUGUGUCAA